AAUGGCGCUUCUCGACCCUGGCUUGAACAGCGUGACGAUGUAAUCGUCCAGUUCGAGGCUUACAAGAGGAACCGCCGGCAGGAGCAGCAGGAGUUUGAGCAUCAGCUGAACAACUUGAGUUGGAAUGCUAGCUUCGAUGAGCUCAACACAAACAUGAAGGACUUACGGGUGGGGUUGCAGGAGCUACAUAAGAGGCAAGAGCGUCAGCAAAUGGAUCUGAACGCCAUUGAGCCGGCUCCUUUUAAGGAAGAAUCUGAUUCUUAUGAAACAGAAGACAAAGACAUGAAGUCGGCCCCACUGGUAGUUGGCAGCGGGGCCAGCCAGUGUGUUUACCAUGACUGCCAGCGGCGCGUCGAUAAUCAGCUGCUGCUGCUUCACUACCUAUGCGACCACAACCAGGCGGACUCCUACUGCCUGUCGGUGCUGGAGGGUGAGCAGGCGGUGCUUUCCUUCCAGCCGCAGAGUUGCGCCUUUCAGGUCAACAAGGUGCUGGGUCUGCUUGCCUACGGUGGCAGGCUGGAGCAUCAGUUUGCAAGAACCCAGCGCCGGCGGAAGUUCUACAACGCCUUUCUGCCCGAGCAGCACUCGCAUCUGGCGACCCACGUCCCGGUUGUGGUUCUCAUCUGCCAGACAGCUUUGAGGAGCAAGAAAUUCGAGCGAGGUGACCGACGGUGGUUGGAUAACCAGAGGGAUACAGUUUUCGUCAUUUGGCUGGUGACGCCCAGCAACCUACAUCGACUGAACGCCACGCUUAGCCUGUGCGGCAGAGACCCCGCUGUCCGCAUCGCUACUAUAAUAAGUGUUCGGCAGGUUAAUCUGCCAAAUACAACCGGCUUUAUGACCAUAGACUCCAACUACUGGCGGCUGACGUACACCGAAAUGGAGCGGCUCUCAAAUCAAUUCCGCGACGAGCUCCACCUUGAGAUUUCACUCACGGAGCCAAAGGCAUCGAACUAAUGUCCCUAUUUCCAUUCCAUUCCCCCUACUCACACUCGCGUUGUCCUGC